UUUUUACGGCUAAAAAUGGGUAUCGACCUCAAUCAUAAGUGGGACCGUAAGGUUCGUCGUACGAAGCCGAAGUCGUUGGACGUGUACCUCCAGCUACUGGUGAAGCUUUACCGCUUCCUGUACCGUCGUACACACAAGAAGUUCAACAAAAUCGUGAUGCGUCGUCUAUUUAUGAGCAGGACGAACCGUCCGCCAAUGUCGUUGUCCCGUGUUGCCCAGCUGAUGAAGCUGCGCGGAAAGGAUGAAAAGACGAUCGCGGUCGUGGUCGGUUCCGUGACGAACGACGUUCGUGAAUUGGACGUGCCCAAACUGAACGUGUGCGCCCUGCGUGUGACAGCGAAAGCACGUCAACGCAUCCUCAAGAACGGUGGAAAGAUCUACACGUUCGAUCAGCUAGCCCUGAUUGCCCCGACCGGAAAGAACACCGUCCUGAUGCAGGGCAAGCGUACCGCUCGUGAGGUAUUCAAGCACUUCGGACGUGCUCCCGGUGUACCACACUCCAACACCCGCCCGUACGUGCAGUCUAAGGGUCGCAAGUUCGAGAAGGCUCGUGGUCGCCGUAGCAGCUGUGGUUUCAAAAACUAAACCCUGCGCGAACUGCACCAGCACUAAACAUCAUCCAUCGCCGUUACGACGGAAAAAAAAAGUGCUGAUCGUGUUCAUUUUGGUGUAAAACGAAUGAAGGAGAAAAAUACAAGGAAGGAAGACCUGUUCCGAAUGAACCUGUGCGUUUCAAGGAGCU